AUGACGGUGGGCGCCGGGAUCGCCGUCCAGGAUGGCAGCCUCCUGGCGCUGGGGGCCAAGGUCCUGCGGGAGGUGCGCCCCAACGUGCUCGUCACGCCCGCCGCCGGCGGAGGCCUCACCAACGGCGCGUUCCUCGGCGUCCGCUCCGCACCCGCCGGCAGCCGCAGCGUCUUCCCCGUCGGGAAGCUCCGGGACCAGCGGUUCAUGUGCACGUUCCGAUUCAAGAUGUGGUGGAUGACGCAGAGGAUGGGCUCAUCAGGCCGCGACAUCCCCUUCGAGACGCAGUUCCUGAUCGUCGAAGGCACCGAUGGACUGCAGUCCACCGGCGAUGGCACUGGCGAGCGACCUGUCGUGUACACCGUCUUCCUCCCCAUACUGGAGGGCUCAUUCCGUGCUGUUCUUCAGGGGAACGCUGACGAUGAGCUGGAGAUUUGCUUAGAGAGUGGCGAUCCAGAUGUGGAAUCCUUCGAAGGCUCCCAUCUGGUCUUUGUUGGUGCCGGAUCGGAUCCGUUCGAUGUCAUCACAAAUUCAGUAAAAGUCGUUGAGAGGCACUUGCAGACGUUUUCUCACAGGGAAAAGAAAAAGAUGCCAGACAUGCUCAACUGGUUUGGUUGGUGCACGUGGGAUGCAUUCUACACCAAUGUCACUGCUCAAGGAGUGAAGGAAGGAUUACAGAGCUUUGAGAAAGGUGGGGUUUCUCCUAGAUUUGUCAUAAUUGACGACGGAUGGCAGUCGGUCGCUAUGGAUCCUGUGGGAAUCGCUUGCUUAUCUGAUAACUCAGCCAACUUUGCAAACAGGUUGACUCACAUUAAGGAGAACCACAAGUUUCAGAAAAAUGGCAGAGAGGGUCACAGGGAAGAUGAUCCAGCAAAGGGCCUAGCACACAUCGUCAAUGAAAUCAAAGGGAAACAUGAGCUAAAGUAUGUGUAUGUAUGGCAUGCCAUUACUGGAUACUGGGGUGGAGUCAGGCCAGGUGUAGCUGGAAUGGAGCACUACGAAUCAAAGAUGCAGCAGCCUGUGUCAUCACCAGGGGUUCAGAAAAACGAGCCCUGCGAUGCUUUGGACAGCAUAACGACCAAUGGACUGGGCCUUGUGAACCCUGAGAAAGUAUUCAGUUUCUACAAUGAACUCCACUCGUAUCUUGCAUCUGCUGGGAUCGAUGGGGUCAAGGUAGACGUGCAGAACAUCCUUGAGACGCUGGGUGCUGGCCAUGGGGGAAGGGUACUGCUAGCUAGAAAGUACCAGCAGGCUCUAGAAGCUUCCGUCGCUAGGAACUUCCCUGACAAUGGCAUCAUAUCAUGCAUGAGCCACAACACUGACAACCUAUACGGUUCAAAACGGAGCGCGGUGAUUAGAGCCUCUGAUGAUUUCUGGCCGAGAGACCCUGCUUCCCAUACCAUACACAUUGCAUCUGUCGCCUAUAACACCAUUUUUCUUGGUGAAUUCAUGCAGCCAGAUUGGGACAUGUUCCAUAGUGUUCAUCCGAUGGCUGAAUACCAUGCUGCAGCUCGAGCGGUUGGUGGUUGUGCCAUAUAUGUCAGUGACAAGCCUGGAAACCAUGACUUCAAUCUGCUUAAGAAGCUUGUGCUUCCUGACGGAUCGAUCCUGCGUGCAAAACUCCCUGGGAGACCAACUAGAGAUUGCCUCUUCUCUGAUCCCGCAAGGGACGGCAAAAGCAUUCUCAAGAUAUGGAAUCUGAACGAACACUCCGGUGUCAUUGGCGCCUUCAACUGUCAAGGUGCCGGUUGGUGCCAGGUAGGGAAGAAGAACCUCAUCCACGAUGAGCAGCCCGGAACGGUGACCGGCGUCAUCCGGGCACAGGAUGUGGGCUACCUUGCAAAGGUUGCUGAUCACAGCUGGAACGGUGAUGUGAUCGUGUAUUCGCACGUAGGAGGGGAGGUGGUGUACCUGCCGAAGAACGCCUUGCUGCCUGUGACACUGAGAUCACGCGAGUACGAGGUGUUCACCGUUGUCCCUCUGAAGCAGCUGCCAAAAGGCGCCUCGUUCGCGCCGAUUGGUCUGGUUGGCAUGUUCAACUCCGGUGGCGCGGUGAGGGAGCUGAGAUUCGGUGAGGAUUCGGACGUCGUUGAGCUCAAAAUGCGGGGCUCGGGCAUGGUCGGAGCUUAUUCCUCCACCAAGCCGAAGAGUGUCGCCGUCGAUUCGAAGGCGAUUGGUUUCUCUUACGAUGAUGCCUGUGGUCUGGUCACCUUUGAGCUUGGCCUCCCCGAACAAGAACUGUACUUGUGGACAGUUUCAGUGGAGUACUGA